AUGGCGGAUGACUACGAGCGGUUUCUGUCUUAUGACUGGUCCGAUGAGCGCUGGCGGGCCUAUUUGAAUGGCUUGCACCCGCCACCUUCUCAGGAGCAAAUCGUGAAGUACAAGAAGAAGUGGUACAAGAAGCGCCUCGAGGGCAAGUGUAGGCAGUGGCGACCGACAUGA